CAAUUUUCGCGCGGCGCUAGUGUUUGUAAAAAAAGUGCAAAAAUUGACAGCCUUGACAAUCAAACGGACAACACGUGUAAACAAUGUGCGAUGCGAACGAAAAAGACGAUAUUUGUAAAAUAAGGGACGCUCUUAAACGAAUUGGAUCAGAAAGUUACCUGCAUUAUUUCAUUGAUCAGGAAUACUCCUUUGAGGCAUUCAAAUGCCUAUCGCUCGAAAUCUGCAAAGAGUUUAUUCCUAAAAGUGGUCCGCGACUGAUUUUUUUUAAAAAGUAUUCAUCUCUGAUAGAGGAAUUCGAUGGUUCAACGAGAACCAAUGUAGAUAGUUGCCCGAUCCAAGAAAUUUUGGAAUUUACAAAUGCGACUGAAGUUCCUUCUAACGUCGGAAUACCCGAGGGAUCAUCAUCGAUUGGAAAUCCAGUGGACGAUUUUGCUAAUGAGUUCCUUUCCUGUGCAAGAGGAUUUUUUCUGAAGGGAAAAUACACCAAAAAUAACACCUUUUCUGAUUCGGAGCGUGCCAAGUUAGCCAAGCUUCUUGUAGAGAAAGAAUUUUCUUCAUGGCAGAAUGUGCAUGGAGAUGCGAGUGUUCUUAAAUUUAAAAUUUCGAGUCAGCGUUUUCAGGAACUUGCAAAACUCAUAGAACAAACAUUCCCUGGCGAAAACUCCCUCACAUAUUUUAUUCCCUACAACAAAAUCACUAAAUCUAGUCCCAGUGGAAAGCUCUAUUGGCAGUACAAUAACUGGAGACAAGCUUUGAAAGACAUUGUGCCACAAGCUUCCACAGAAAUUGAAGAUUUUGAGGUGGAUGAUCACCUGAAAUUUUUGCGCGAAAACACAGAACCAUGGGAUGAAAUUUUUUUUUCUUGGAGAGCAACAUUUCAUGCGAGACAAAAACUCCUAAAAUCCCCAACUUCGUCACUUCAAAACUACUUCAACCAAUUCAAGAUUCUUCAAUCGCCCUGUGGCAAUGAUCUUUUGCUAAAGGAUUUUUCAACAGAAUAUCCAGAUUGUGAUACCAAAUUUUUUGAGAGAUGGCCGGAAAUUAAUGAAAGAAUCAUUUCAUUUUGCAAAAAGAAGAUAUCAAAAGACGAAUUUGAUUAUCUGGACCGCAGCACUCCAUACGAAUUGCUCGGAUUUUUUGCACUUCCCAAACUAUUGAAAGGAAGUUAUUUGAGCAAAACGGUUGAACGAAACAAGAAACUUAAACUAACGCAGACCGAAGUUUUGAAGAGACUAAUAUUGCACGUUCAGGACGCGUCUCUUCUUGAAAGAAAAAUCAACGAAGAAAAUUUGUAUUACGACAAACACAAACUGAAAAGGACACCCAAAUUGAUUUUCGUUGGAAGUGACUUUAACAACAUUUCUUCAGUAUUCAUUGAAGUGGGCGGCACUUAUUACGAACAAAGUUCAGCACUUUCGGGAAUUGAUUCCUUCUUCAAAACAGUGGUGGCACUUAAUUCUGAAUUUCCUGAAGGAGCCCAAGUGUGCUGGAGUCUGGUGCAACACUACGUUUAUGAACUACAUACUGAGAAGGAUAAAUCUUACGUAUCUGUUUCAAGUCUAAUAAGCGAUCUCCAAAAUGCGAUGUUUUAAGUGCUUUCUUUCCUUCAACGAUUACGAAUCAUUCAAUUAUCAUAUUACUGCGUGUCAUAGGGAUGUGUUAAUUUGGAAAUGUAUCGAGUGUGCUGUAGAGAGGGAAUUUUCAUCAAAAAAAAAUUUUUCUGAACACAUGAAAAAAUUCCACAAUCAAUUUAUGGAAGUGAAUUUUAAUUCUCCAAAUAAGGAAAACUUCAAACAUCAAGAAACGCAAACAGAAAAAAUUGAAAUCAUUAAUUUGCAAAAUCUUAUUGAGAAUAACAAAACAUCAUUGAUUUGUUUGAUGAAAAAUCUCUAUGAAACCUCUUACAGUAACCAUGACGUGAGUAAAAUUAUAAAUUUGUUUAAAAAUUACCAACUAAAUUUUUGUGAAGACGUCAAACACCAUUUGAUAUCACAAUUCCCCGAACUAAAUUAUGUAGUUGAUAAAGUGUUUUCAACUGUUAAUGAAAAUAUGACCUUAAUUUCCUCUCAACAUGUAAGGGAGAACUUUCUUGAAGAGACCACUUGUUAUGUCAAACCAGAAUGUUCCACAAUCGGAUACAGGAUAGAGUCAAAAAAUUCAGAUACAAGCACAACGAUUAAACAAGUAAAGUGUGAAACAGUUGUAAAUGGGUCACUUGAGCCUCAUCUUAAACUUUUUUUUUCUUCCAAUAUAAUAAAAUCUUCAAUUUCUUCU